ACUAGUUACUUCGCUGUACAUGCGCCUCGUGCAAUGUGAUCGUCUAGUAAUGUGUGAACCAAAGCUGUAGAACGCAUUAGUUGAUAUUUAAGCUUUGAACGCUCCCAGCAGGGAAAUGUCACUGUCGUUCAUAGACAUCUGUCGUUGGCAUGUUGGUCAACUCAACUGCCAUCUGUCUCUCUGUCUGUCAAAUGGUUUAGUCGUGUACUGUUUUGAAAGGGGUACCGUAACGUAAAGUUUUGUAUUAAUUUACAUUAUUUGCAUUAGCACAAAAAAUUUAAAUACAAACCUUACUGUCCCACUUAAUGAUCACAGUCUUCUCACAGCACUGACGAUGUAUAACCAGGUCACAUACUUGUCGCGUUAAAUUUCAUGCCACAGUGAAUAACUCGAACAUUACAAUGGAGAGCGACAAGAAAGUUGAGGACAUGGAUAUUCCGACUGCGGAAGGGAAUCUCUUGGAGCAGCCCGUGGAGGCGCGGGUAGCGGCGCGAAAUCCGCUCAUGAAAGUGCACACUUAUGUGGUGGCGCUGCGGCCGUGGUCGCUGAGUGCAAGCUUACUGCCUACACUGUUAGGUGCUGCCCUGGCCUGGCGUCUGCCCGGCGAGCAAGCCUUCAGCUGGCCCGCGCUGCUGCUCACGCUCUGCACAGUGCUCCCGGUGCAUGGCGCAGGGAACGUCGUCAACACAUACUUCGAUUUUGUUAAAGGAAUCGACAAUCGCAAGUCAGAUGACCGAACGCUCGUUGACCACCUCCUAAGCAUUGAUGAGGUUGUCUCCCUUGGUGCUAUAUUGUACCUGGCUGGCUGUGCCUGCUUUGUCCCCCUGUGGCAUCGGUGCGGUGCUCUCUGUGGUUCUUGCUACCCAUGCUGACUCUGCCCAGAGCAUUUAAAAUAGAAAGGAUGUUCCGACACCCAG